UAAACCAACACACAGUUUUCCCACAGGACCAGAGGAGGUGGACAUUCCCGUAAUUAAAUCCCAAAAUCCAUACCCAUCGUACACCGCAAGGCACGCAGAGAGUACCCCUAGAUUUUCGCUGCGUCUUCUCCUUCUUCGGCUCCUCAUCAAAAGAAUCGAUCUCGAGGUUUAGGGUUUCGGCUUUCGAUUCUCAUAAAGCCGCUGCUUUAUCUCACUUUAUUAUAUAAUCGCCAUGUCCAAGAGGGUUCUUUGUAAGUUCUUUUCUCAUGGGGCAUGUCUAAAAGGGGAGCAUUGUGAGUUUUCACAUGAUUGGAAAGCCGCUCCAAAUAAUGUUUGCACCUAUUACCAGAAAGGAAUUUGUACGUAUGGUAGUCGUUGCAGAUACGAACAUGUUAAAGCUUCUCGAGGCCAUUCUUCUGCUUCAUCUUCAUCAACAAAUGCACAGCAAUCUCUGAUUUCAGAUCCUGUUCCUCAAGGUUGUAGUGCUAGAACUGCAUUUGUUGGGGUUACUCCAGUCCUAGGUACUCCCAUGGAGAUAUCUGCUUCAAAUAGACCUUUAAUUCCUGCUGCUAAACCUGCAUGGAAUCAAGAGUUUGGGCACCAUGAUCCUCUAGAUGAUGAGGAUAUUGGGGAGCCUAGCAGUAAUGGACCAGCUGACCAUUCUAUCUGUUCAUUUGCUGCUGCUGGUAAUUGUCCGCGUGGAGAAAAAUGUCCUCAUAUUCACGGUGACUUAUGUCCCACUUGUGGAAAACAUUGCUUGAAUCCUUUCAGACCUGAGGAAAGACAGGAACACUUGAAGAUGUGUGAAAAAAAACAAAAGCACCUGGAGGCGUUGAAACAUAGUCAAGAAAUAGAAUGCAGUGUUUGCCUGGAACGAGUUCUCUCAAAGCUAACAGUACCAGAACGGAAAUUUGGGUUGCUGUCCGAAUGUGAUCAUCCAUUCUGUAUAUCCUGUAUCAGGAAUUGGCGUAGUAGUUCUCCGACCUCUGGGAUGGAUGUUAAUAAUGCUUUGAGGGCGUGCCCAAUUUGUCGCAAGUUAUCGUACUUUGUUAUUCCAAGUGUCAUUUGGUAUACUACAAAGGAAGAGAAGCAGGAAAUUGUUGAAAGCUACAAGACUAAGCUCAAGUCAAUUGAUUGCAAGCACUUUGACUUUGGGAAUGGAAACUGCCCAUUUGGGACUAGUUGCUUUUACAAGCAUGCAUAUCGAAAUGGCAGACUGGAGGAGGUAGUUAUACGUCAUCUUGGGGCUGAAGAUGGACACACUGUGAUAGCUAAGGACAUAAGGCUGUCAGAUUUCCUUGCUAACUUGCAUAUAAGGUGAAGGGUUGCUGUUAUAUAUUAUAGAGAUAUCUAAUUUUUAUGGAGAAACCAUGUGCCACUUCAAUUGCAGAGUUCUCUUCAAUUGCCAGUGUGACACUCCAGUUUGUUGCGAGAUUUGCUUGCUGGAGGGGACCUGAACAAGGAAGGCCGGGGCAUGCCACCGUAUUUAUUAGACUGCAUUUUCUAUCAAAUCAAUAAAACAUAGGUACGCCAUUCAUUGGAUGGAUGUGUUUGAUAGUUCUCGUCAGCUGUGGAUAAUGAAUUUAAAGUAAUGGACGUGCAAAUAGCCGAGCUGUUACUAUGGUUCCCUUGCCAUCAGUGAGAAACUGUUUUAAGUCAAUUGGUUUUUGUUUCUGUUGUCAAUAUCGAGCUAUGACGACAUGUCCCGCGAAACAUUGUCUUUGAGGUUCUUUUGUAUUCUAAUCUAGAAUUUGCUACUGGGCGGCCGGCAGGGAAUAAAUGGCAGCAAGAGCUCCGUAAAACGUAUAUCUUCUAUCGUGUAUUUUACUUGUUAUUAUUAUUAUUUUUUUUAUGCAAAGUGGUUACUCUACUUUUUUGGAGUUA